AUGGCGCAACUGGAUACACUCGACCUGGUCGUCUUGGUGGCUCUCUUGGUGGGUAGCAUCGCCUACUUCACCAAGGGAAGCUACUGGGCCGUCCCCAAAGACCCGUAUGCCUCUUCGGCCGCCACCCUCAAUGGAGCCGCGAAGACCGGCAAAACCCGUGACAUCGUGGAGAAGAUGGAGGAGACAAACAAGAACUGUGUGAUCUUUUAUGGCUCCCAGACUGGUACCGCUGAGGAUUACGCCUCGCGAUUGGCUAAGGAAGGCUCUCAACGUUUCGGUCUCAAGACUAUGGUGGCCGACAUUGAGGACUAUGACUACGAGAACCUGGACAAAUUCCCCGAGGACAAGGUCGCAUUCUUCGUGCUGGCCACCUAUGGUGAGGGCGAGCCUACUGAUAACGCGGUUGAAUUCUACCAAUUCUUCACCGGUGAAGAUGUGGCCUUUGAGAGCGGCGCCUCCGCCGAUGACCAGCCUCUGUCCGCCAUGAAGUACGUCGCAUUCGGUCUGGGUAACAACACUUAUGAGCACUACAACGCCAUGGUUCGUCAGGUCGAUACUGCCCUGACCAAACUCGGUGCGAAGCGCAUUGGAACUGCUGGGGAGGGCGACGAUGGCGCCGGAACCAUGGAGGAGGAUUUCCUGGCAUGGAAGGAGCCCAUGUGGGCCGCGCUCUCGGAUGCCAUGGACCUCCAGGAACGUGAAGCUGUCUACGAACCCGUCUUCUGCGUCACCGAGGAUGAUGAGAAAACCCCCGAGGAUGAGUCUGUCUAUCUGGGUGAGCCUACUGCUGCCCAUCGUGAGGGUCGCGCCAAGGGUCCCUUCUCCGCCCACAACCCGUACAUUGCCCCCAUUGUCGAAUCCUCCGAAUUGUUCACUGUCAAGGACCGUAACUGCAUCCAUAUGGAAAUUAGCAUUGCUGGUAGCAAUCUCACCUACCAGACCGGUGACCACAUCGCUAUCUGGCCCACCAACGCUGGUGCCGAGGUCGAUCGCUUCCUUCAAGUCUUUGGUAUUGAGGAUAAGCGCGACUUGGUGAUCAACGUCAAGGGUAUUGAUGUCACGGCCAAGGUUCCCAUUCCCACUCCUACCACCUACGAUGCUGCUGUCCGUUACUACAUGGAAGUCUGCGCUCCCGUUUCUCGUCAAUUCGUUUCCACCCUCGCCGCUUUCGCUCCUGAUGAGGAGACCAAGGCCGAGAUCGUCCGUCUGGGUAACGACAAGGAUUAUUUCCACGAGAAGAUCACCAACCAGCGCUUCAACAUUGCCCAGGCCCUCCAAAGCAUCACUCCCAAGGCUUUCACUGCUGUUCCUUUCUCGCUGCUUAUUGAGGGUCUCAACAAGCUUCAGCCCCGCUACUACUCGAUCUCUUCCUCGUCCCUGGUUCAAAAAGACAAGAUCAGCAUCACUGCUGUUGUCGAGUCUGUUCGUCUGCCCGGUGCCUCGCACAUGGUCAAGGGUGUCACCACCAACUACCUCCUGGCUCUUAAGCAGAAGCAGAACGGUGACCCGUCCCCCGAUCCCCACGGCUUGACUUACUCGAUCACCGGUCCCCGCAACAAGUACGAUGGUAUUCAUGUGCCUGUCCAUGUUCGUCACUCCAACUUCAAGCUGCCUUCCGACCCGUCCAAGCCUAUUAUCAUGGUUGGCCCCGGCACUGGUGUCGCGCCUUUCCGUGGUUUCAUCCAGGAACGUGCUGCUCUUGCUGCCAAGGGAGAGAAGGUUGGCACCACUUUGUUGUUCUUCGGAUGCCGUAGGAGCGACGAGGACUAUCUCUACCAGGAUGAAUUCAAGACUUACCAAGCUCAAAUGGGCGACUCCCUGAAGAUUAUUACUGCCUUCUCCCGCGAAGGAUCCGAGAAAGUCUACGUUCAGCACCGUUUGAAGGAGAAUGCCGAGCUUGUCAGUGAGCUACUGAAGCAAAAGGCCAACUUCUACGUCUGCGGUGAUGCUGCCAACAUGGCCCGCGAGGUCAACCUGGUGCUCGGCCACAUCAUUGCUCAGCAACGCGGCAUGCCCGCUGAGAAGGGCGAGGAGAUGGUUAAGCACAUGCGUAGCAGCGGCAGCUACCAGGAGGACGUCUGGUCGUGA